GGACUACUAGGCAGUAUUGUUUGAUAACAGUUGAUAGGGAUUUGGGGAAUUAUUAAUUUGUAAGAACAUUAUUAGUACAAAAUUUAUUGAAAAUCAUAAUGAACAGGCUAUUCGGAAAGAAAAAACCAACUGAACCUCCACCUAACCUGAAUGAUAUUAUUACUGGGGUUGAUACAAAGGCUGAUUCUAUUGAAUCCAAAAUGGCAAAACUUGAUGCUGAAUUAAGGAAAUAUAAAGAUCAAAUGGCAAAGAUGCGAGAAGGUCCAGCAAAAAACUCUGUUAAACAAAAAGCUAUGAGAGUUCUAAAACAGCGGAAAAUGUAUGAGCAGCAAGCCGGCAAUCUAAGGCAACAGGCAUUUAAUAUGGAACAAGCUAAUUUUGCAGUACAGACAAUGAAAGAUACUCAAUCUACUGUUGUGGCUAUGAAAGAGGGAGUUAAGUCAAUGAAUAAAGAAUUUAAGAAGAUUAAUAUUGAUGAAAUUGAGGAUCUGCAAGAUGAAAUGGCAGACAUGCUAGAAUUGACCGAUGAAGUACAGGAAGCACUAGGACGAAGUUACGGUAUGCCAGAUGUUGAUGAAGAUGAGCUAGCUGCUGAAUUAGAAGCUCUUGGUGAUGAAAUCGCUGCCGACACAGAUACUUCAUACCUUGAUGAAGCUGUUAUACCUCCUACUCCAGACAAAGAACCACAGCAACCUCAACCUCAAAAAAACAAGGACGGUGUUGCAGUGGAUGAGUUUGGCUUACCACAAAUACCAGCAUAACUAUAAACCAAUUCAUGGUUGGAAGUAUUAUAAAGUUGAUAUUUUACUGUCGCUGAAAGAAAUUUUUUUUUUUUUGUUUGACGUAAUAUAUUAAACUGUUUUAAUUUUUUUAAUUCUCUAGUGCUUCUAAGGAAGAAUCAGCUCAUUGCUUUUUAUGAUACAAAGCGGAAAAAAAAUUCAGUUAAAUUUUAUAUUAGUUUAUUAUUUAAUAAAGGUGGUUGAAAGUAUAGAUGAUAGAAACUUAACAUUAUUAAAAAGAUAUCAAUAUUGUAUUGUAAAUCCAGAAUAUUCUCGGAUCACAAGAAAUGUGAAUGAUGAACAAAUAAUUAUUUGGAUGUACAGCCUGUCAUAAAUGAUUAUUUUGAAUUGCAUGACAAUAUAUUUACCAUCAAUUCUCUUAAAAUAAGAAAAUAUAAUGCAUUAUGUUUUUCUAGAAAAUAUAUCUUUGUACUUAUAUAUACCAUUUAUAAUUGUUUUACACUCAAAAUAAAAAAUAUAUGUUUUUACAUAAUUA